AUGCAUAUAACGUCAGGGUUGUCUCCGGCGUCCGGCGAGAUGCUGGACGCAACGUCGCUCCAUUUCUACGGAGAUGCUGGUGAUCAGUGCGGAGCUACAUACUUCGCAGUGGACCAUACCGUGCCGGAAUCAUCUCAUACUGUUGAGAUAGAAUACAUUUAUGAACAGCCAGAGACUUACACUAUUAACCAAGAUGACAUAGAAAUCGAUGGAAUUCAAACAGAAAGUUGUGUUAGUACAGAGAAGGAAGAUAUUUCUAAAAAGAUACGAAGCAAACACAAGCCGCACAAAAUGGCUGUCGACGAAGAACCAGAUACAGAUUUAACUAAUUUGACAUGGCUACAAAAUAUUACGAAUAUAAUGUCAGUGCCGCAAUUUCCGAUUCCACCCAUGUCACCAAACCCACAAGUGAAGACUGAGCCGCAGAACACGAGGCUGCAGAAGUUUAACCAGACAAUAGCAAAAUGUCAGAAGGAUUUCACGGAGAAUAAACACGAAUAUAAGACAGACAGUGAGAAGAAGCCGCCGUACUCAUACAGCACCUUGAUAUGUAUGGCGAUGAGAUACAACAACGAUAAAAUGACCCUUUCUGCAAUAUAUUCAUGGAUAAGAGAAAACUUCAAGUAUUACAGGAAUGCAGAUCCUACCUGGCAGAACUCCAUACGACACAAUCUAUCAUUAAACAAAGUGUUUGUCAAAGUGGCUCGAUCUAAACAUGAGCCAGGCAAAGGAGGUUUCUGGAAACUGGAUCUAGCUCACUUGGAAGGUACUAAACGGAUUUCGAACAGACCUCACAAAAAGAAGAAAGCCCAACCAAAGGAUAAAAUCACCGAGGAGAAAAUUGCUGUUGCAAAUAUACCUCAGACCAACGCUAUCGAAGGAAUUACUGCUGAUUUAGAUCAAACUGUGACGUUGCAUCUCCCUGAUUUUAACCUCGGUAGUAUUCAGCCUCUUCCUGAGAUAGAAUUAGAAACAAAUAUCGGGGCAAACGUGAUCGUGGAACCUGCUAUACCACCUCCUCUGAUUCCAGAAGAUGAUUUGUCAUCUCUACUUCUGAAUCCAACUGAUUGGGACGAUCUUCAGUUGGAUAUGUUGGAUAACUAUCUGGAUUCUUGUUUCAAGUAA